AUGGGCACAUGGGAAGAUAUGGGUAGUAAUUGGUCUCUUCUGCUGCUUAUCAGAGAUGGGGGGAGGCCGCACCGCAGGCUGCGCUCUGCCACACCGGAGUACAACUUGGAAGGUUUCGAGUUCUUCACAAUCAUACUUGAGAAUUCCUCCAGGAGGCAGAGGCUACCUGACAUAUUUAUGAAGAUGCUGGAUGGCCAUCGGCCAAAGAAUGUGAAGCUGCGACAGGCCGGCAGCGGGCUUCACGGGCUGUGGGACGUGGAGGUGGUGUUCAGGUAUGACCACAUGUACUUGUGUCGUGGCUGGGAGCAGUUCGUCCAUGCCUACGACCUGCGGCACAUGUACUUCCUUGUCCUCAGGUACGACGGCAACACCAUGCUCACCGUGAAGGUGUUCAACAUGACUAUGUGCCGCAUGCACUACCAAGACGACGACGAUGCCAGCAAUGGGAGCAGCAGCAGCGACUCUGGCUAUAGCAAAAGCAGCAGCGACUCUAGCUACAGCAAAAGCAGCAGCGAGGAUGAGGAGGAAUGGAGUGGGGAAGAAGAGGAGCAGAGUGGGGAUGAGGAGGUGCAGCCUAUUCUGUCUGAUGAUGACCUCGCGAUGCUGGGCGACAGGCCCAUGCCAAUUGUGGUAGAAGAGUACAUCCCACUGCCUUGCCGCUCUAAGCGCAUCAGGAUGAUGAAGGAGAAGGAGAAGAAGGAGGAGUGA